CUUUCUCAGGCACCCUGAGAAGCACAGGCGAUUUGGAAGAAUCAGGGAGUCCCCUGGUCAAAAAUAGUGGCCUCUCAUUGUCAGUGACAAACUCGUUUAUCAGGGUCAACCUUUUAUUGACUUGAAAACUGAAACAAGAUGGAUCGAAAACGGAAGGCUGAUGAUCCAUGUGAUGACACAGUGUGGAAAAAGGCCACACUCAGGUGAUGUCACUAACACGAUGGAUCGCACAAGAAAGGAUUUUUGAUUCCCUUUGAUGCAGGUGAUGUCACUGACAGGACAGAUCGGACACAGAAGGCUGAUGAUCCAUGUGAUGUUACCAUGGUUACAGCACCGAAAAGGGCAAAGUUUGGUGACAUCACAGAAUGUGUAUUGUCAUCAGUGCCAGCACCACAUGGAUCUAGCCAGUCUACCUCAUCUGCUCCCACUAACUACUUUCAGACUGGUAUGACUGGUGGAACGGCCAUCGGAAGUACUGUGGCAUCUGUGAUUGUGAAUAAUGCAGCAGCCGAAUGUUCACUUCUUCAACAUUUAAUCACUGAAACUGAGAUGAAGAUCAGAUCAAGAGAUCCCACAAGACAUGUUUCAACAUACACAGAGAGGGCUGCAUUCAGACAUCUGAAGGAGUGCGGCAGUGUCAUCAUCAGGGGAAGAUCAGGGGCCGGGAAGUCACAUCUCGGGUAUACUUUGUUGGAAAGGGUUGCAAAAUCAUGUUCAAGGAUACCGGUGAAGGUGUCAUCACCACAUGAGUGGAAUCACAUACACAAAUCAAGUACGUCUGAUGCUGAAAAGUAUGUUGUAAUGGUUGAUGACAUUUUUGGGCAAACAAAUUUGAUCCAGUCAAGCCUUGAUGAGUGGAGGCAGAAAUUUGAUCUAAUGUGGCCCCUUGUGGAAUCUGGACAGAUUUGGUUAGUGAUGACAUCACGUCCAGAAAUCAUUAUUGAAGGAGAACCAGAAAUAUUUGGAUAUGAAGUAAUAAAUAAGGCAAAAGAGAUCAUUCUUGAUGAAGGAAAGUACCAUCUCCGGGAGGGAGAAAAAUUACAAUUCCUUGAGAAGUUGUGUGGAAAAUAUGUAAGGAAGGAAGACAUGAAAAAAAUUGCCAAAAUGGACACUGCUUUGGGAUUCCCACAAUGCUGUACAUUUUUUGCAGCAAAUAAGGAUGCAAUAUUGAAAGGAGUUGAAUUUUUCAAGAAACCUUUUGAAUUUAUAAAGGAUUUGAUUGAGUGUGUUAAGAAGAAACAACCUAAAGUCUAUUUUGUGUUGCUGUUGGUUUUUAUGAAUGAAGGAGAACUCUCCAUGAAAGAGCUCAUGUCAAUAGAGCAUGAGGACAAAUUUGAAAGGCAGUUUAAAACCAUUACGUCCUAUUUUGUGAAAGCACUUCUGUCCAAGGCUGACAUAAAGAAUGUAGCAAAAUCAGUCUGUGGGAUAUAUCUUUUAGAAUCUUUCAGAUGUUUCCUGUUCUCACACAGGUCAAUACAUGAUGUCUUGUUUGUAGCCCUGUGUGAAGAUAGUCCUGCUUUAGGAAUCAGAAUGAGCACACCAGUCAUGCUGCUAGAAUUUAUUCGACUCAAUGCACGGAAACUGGAAAGAUGCAAGCAACGCAAUGUUGUAUUUGUAGGUGAAGAACAUUAUCCAAUUUUGGCUGAUAAACUGAGGGAAUAUCUGUCAAAUGAGAACACUCGAUACAUGGUACUGUCUCAUCCAGCUUUACAAGACACAGAGUUUUUUACAUGUGAUCUUUCAUGAAUGGAAAACUGAUGACAUAUACCAACUGUCCAGGCACAAUGGAGAGAAAGUUGUCAAAGACAUUGCUUUACCUCUAAGUGGAAAACUAGGUUUGCCACAAACUGUCAACAUUCUCGAAUAUAAUUUGUUUCUCUCCCAUGUUAUUAUGAAUCACAUGAAGGAGUUUGCUUUUACGUAUCAUUCAGUUACUUUGUAGUUAUAAUUCAGAGGACAUUCAGCCUGUUUUAAAUGAAGCCUUGCUUUGUGCUUUGUUUACUUGUGAUAAAGACCUAGCAACAGUCCUUCUUUCAAGUGGAGCUAAACCAAACAUGUUGUGUUUUAUCUCACUUUGUAACUGGCCACAACUAGAUACAAAUACUUCAUCCACUAUCAUUAGUCAGAUAGAAGACAAUGAAACCAAUCUGAAACUUCUCUUAAGUAUUGCAGUUAUUUCCUGCAAUAAGACAGUGAUCAGGGUUUUAAUUCAAAAACUCACUGCUCUAAGUGGAAACCAUGAACAGUUUUACAGCCAUUGCUUAGAAUUGUUGCUUAAAAUCAAUGGCAACGGACACAUGGACAUAACACAAAUGACUACAAAUGCUGGACAUGAUAUACUUGAGGUGAUGACACUUCUUGAAGAAGGUGGUGGAAAAUUGGAUUCCAGAAAGAUAAGUCUUGCAUCUAGCCACAAAGACCCAUCUGUGUUAAGGAAACUGUUGCUCAGAUCACGUGAUGAUAUACAUGUGACUGAUGAAUUUGGUCGGACACCAUUACAUUUUGGCUUGUAUGUAUGGUGGUGAAGAUGGUGUUGAAUUACUGCUGAAACAUGGGUCAGAGUUAUCAGUGGACAAAGAAGGGUCGACUCCAUUUCAUUAUGCAUUGAAAUCUUGUGUUGACCAGAAGAAAAAGCUGAAGCUGUUGCUCAAUAAGAAUUCAACUAAUGAUGAAGACUUUGUCAACUUGACAGAUCACGUGAAGCGCACAGCGCUCCAUUAUGCUGCAGGUGCAGAGGCUCAAGCUGAUAUUCCAGAUCCAUUAGAUAUGUGUUUUGUUUAUCUACAAAAUGGCAGAAAAAAGCAAGUUCAAAAACCUCUCCACUGUGCAGCAAAGAAUGAGUGUAUGGAGUGUGUUAAGCUGUUGCUUCCAUUGUCAGAUGUAAAUGCCCAGGAUAGCAAUGGUAAUACAGCUUUACACUUCAGUUCCUUGUCUGAUGAACCCCACUGUCAUGAAAUGAUACAAGCACUGCUUGAGAAGGGAGGUGCUGUAGAAAUCAAGAACAAGAAAGGUGAAACACCUCUCCACUAUGCAGCAUGGAACCAGUGUACAGUAUGUGUUAAGCUGUUGCUUCCAGUGUCAGAUGUAAAUGCCCAGGAUAGUGAUGGUAAUACAGCUUUACACUUCAGUUCCUUGUCUGAUGAACCCCACUCUCAUGAAGUGAUACAAGCACUGCUGAAGGAGGGAGCUAAUGUACAAAUGCAAAACAGGAAAGGCCAAACACCUCUCCACUGUGCAGCACGGAACAAGUGUAUGGAGUGUGUUGAGCUGUUGCUUCCAGUGUCAGAUGUAAAUGCCCAGGAUACUGAUGGUAAUACAGCUUUACACUUCAGUUUCUUGUCUGAUGAACCCCACUCUCAUGAAGUGAUACAAGCACUGCUGGAGAAUGGAGCUGAUGUAGGAAUCAAGAACAAGAAAGGUGAAACACCUCUCCACUGUGCAGCACGGAACCAGUGUAUGGAGUGUGUUGAGCUGUUGCUUCCAUUGUCAGAUGUAAAUGCCCAGGAUGGUGAUGGUAAUACACCUUUACAUUGUUUUGUUUUGGUUUCUUGUCUGAUGAACUUCACUCUCAUGAAGUGCUACAAGCACUGCUGGAGAAGGGAGCUGAUGUAGGAAUCAAGAACAAGAAAGGUGAAACACCUCCCACUGUGCAGCACGGAACCAGUGUAUGGAGUGUGUUGAGCUGUUGCUUCCAUUGUCAGAUGUAAAUGCCCAGGAUAGUGAUGGUAAUACAGCUUUACAUUACAGUUUCUUAUUUCCUAAACCCUACUCUCAUAAAGUGCUACAAGCACUGCUGGAGAAUGGAGCUGAUGUCAGAAUCAAGAACAAGAAAGGUGAAACACCUCUCCACUGUGCAGCACGGAACAAGUGUAUGGAGUGUGUUGAGUUGUUGCUUCCAUUGUUAGAUGUAAAUGCCCAGGAUGUCGAUGGUUAUACACCUCUACAUUGUGUUUUCUUUCUUCCAAUCAGCAGUUUGUUUUACUGUUUUGAUGAAUGCCACUCUCAUAAAGUGCUACAAGCACUGCUGGAGAAGGGAGCUGAUGUAGGAAUCAAGAACAAGAAAGGUGAAACACCUCUCCACUGUGCAGCACGGAACCAGUGUAUGGAGUGUGUUGAGCUGUUGCUUCCAUUGUCAAAUGUAAAUGCCCAGGAUAGUGAUGGUUAUACAGCUUUACACUUCAGUUUUUUGUCUGAUGAACCCCACUGUCAUGAAAUGAAGUGCUACAAGCACUGCUGGAGAAGAAAGCUGAUGUAGGAAUCAAGAACAAGAAAGGUGAAACACCUCUCCACUGUGCAGCACGGACCCAGUGUAUGGAGUGUGUUGAGUUGUUGCUCCUAGUGUCAGAUGUAAAUGCCCAGGAUAGCAUUGGUAAUACAGCUUUACAUUACAGUUUCUUAUCUGCUAAACCCCACUCUCAUGAAGUGAUACAAGCACUGCUUAAGAAGGGAGCUGAUGUACGAAUACAAAACAAGAAAGGUGUAGCACCUCUCCACUUUGCAGCAUGGAACCAGUGUAUGGAGUGUGUUAAGCUGUUGCUCCCAGUGUCAGAUGUAAAUGCCCAGGAUAGUGAUGGUGAUACAGCUUUACACGUAAGUUUCUUGUCAAAUAAACCCCACUCUCAUGAAGUAAUACAAACACUGCUGGAGAAGAGAGCUGAUUUAUGUAUCAAGAACAAGGAGGAUGAGACACCUCUCCAGUGUGCAACAACAAACCAGUGUAUUGAGUGUGUUAAAGUGUCAAUCUCUAUGGCAGCUUAAAUGUCCAGGAUGGUAAUGGUAAUACAGCUUUUCACUUAGUGUAAAAAACGGUGCUGUCAGUGUAAAUACCAAGGAUAGCGAUGGUGAUGCAGAUUCUUUUCAAAUGGACCCAAAUCUCCUGAUGUAAUACAAGCACUGCUGGAGAAGGUGACUGAUGCAGGAAUCAAGAACAAGAAAAG